AUAGGCUGCUAGGGUGACUACGAUGUAGCAACACUGUAACAACGGAGGAAUCGGGUUUGAAACAGAGUUAAUUAACAAAGCGGAAGACAUUUUAUAAAGACAAACGACUUCCAGUAGUUAUUUUUGACUGCAUUUACGUGGUGAACUUUCAAAACUUGAGUGUGACACCUUUGUUACCAUGUAUGAGGAUGAAUGAGACCAUGCUCUUUGUGGAGGAAGAAGAGGUAGACAAGACAAAUCAGCAGGUUGAAGAGGACAAUGUCUCCAGGAAGAUGGUUACUGUCGACUGGGACCAAUGGGACAAGCUACUGCUGCCCUCUACACUGGACUCCGGUGUGCACAGUCUGGACACAGUGUAUGACAGAACCACUGUGAUGAUUGAACAAGACCCAGUGGGUUCUAGAACUGACAAUAAAGAGGAGGAAGAGGACCUGAUGAUGUACCUACAUGAGGGAUGUGAGACGGAGGGUCGUGGAGGUCUGGAAGACCACUGGCAGGCCAUGUCACAGGGGUACAUCCACCACACCAUCUCCCAGGACCAGAUCCAGUUCACCAUCAACCCUGGUUCCACACCCAUGCCCCGGCACAUCCAGGGGGCCACCAUCACACUGCACUCGGAGUGCCCAGAUACCCACCACAGCGAGGUGAAGCGUUACCAGUGUCUAUACGAGGACUGUACUCGUACCUACAGCACAGCAGGGAACCUUCGGACCCACCAGAAGAGACACAGAGGAGAAUACACGUUUGUCUGCAACCAGUUGGGCUGUGACAAGGCCUUCCUUACCUCCUACAGUCUGAAGAUCCACGUCCGCGUUCACACCAAGGAGAAGCCCUUCGAGUGUGACCAACAGGGCUGUGAGAAGGCCUACAACACACUGUACAGGCUGAAAGCCCACCAGAGACUGCACACAGGGAACACGUUUAACUGCGAGUCAGGCGGAUGCACCAAGUACUUCACCACUCUGAGUGACCUGAGGAAACACAUCAGGACACACUCCAAGGAGAGGCCCUUCAGAUGUGACCAUCCUGGCUGUUACAAAGCGUUCACCUCUAGUGACCAUCUCCAAACACACAUCCUGGGACAAAUAGGUGAAGGCGAGCCACCCCUCCUUCAGGUGGACACAGAUGGUGAUAAGUCCCUAAGCUCCUCCAACAGUCCGAGGGACAACAUCAAAGGUCACGACCCUGGACCGUCAGCUGACAUAAUUCACAGCCACUCCCUCUCAGACGAUUUGAAACCUCGUUCCCCAUGUCUCAGUGAUAUGAGCCUGAUUUCCACUGAUUCUCAGUUCAGAGAAAAUAAUUCUGAUGCCCUGGACCUGGUGUUUGAGAUGCUGUUUCAAGACAAGCCCCAGCCACAGGAUGUGUCAUCGGUGGCAGUGCCCUCGUGUAGUUUGGAGAACCCAUCUCUAACCGUGGUGCUUCCAGAAGCAUCUCACCCUUUCAUUUCUACCUGUCCUGAACCCUCUGACUCUACCCCUAGUGAACCCCGUCCUGUACCCCAGCCCACCGCUCUCCUCACCCCUGGUGAACCCUGUCCAGUUCCUGUCUCUCUCAUGAUCAGUGAUACACCUAACCAUGAGGUGAAUCCAGAACAGCCAUCCAAUCAGAGCCUACCACAACAACCUGCAGCAUCCCUCCAUUCCCAACCAGGCUCCACCCAGAGUGUACUACCACAGCCAACCACCACCCUCCAUUCCCAACCAGGCUCCACCCAGAGUGUACUACCACAGCCAACCACCACCCUCCAUUCCCAACCAGGCUCCACCCAGAGCGUACUACUACAGCCAGCUGCCAUGUCUUCCAUCUAUUCUCAACCAGGCCCAUACCCUCCACCCCCCAGCUCCUCCCUCCAGGCCCCACUAACACCCCUCUCCCUGGGGUACUCUACUCCUCCUACGGUCCCUGCCCACAGUACCAUCCAGCCCAUCACCUUGUCCACUCAGAACCUCCAGUGGCUGUUGAACAGUGUCAAUGACCCGAGGCUGCAGGACAUGCAGACACAGCUAUCCCAACAACAAAGUGGCUCGACACUAGAGAAGCUCUAUUUCACCACAGAAAUACCAAUGGGAGGGAACACAGGGACAGCUCUGCAGCAGAUAGGCCUGAGUCUGCCUGUCAUCGUAAUUAGACAGGGAGAGUCAUGCCAGUGUCGGUGCCCCUGCAGAGACGGCAGCACAGCAUCAGACACAGAGAAACAGACUGGUGCCCAGUUCCAUCAGUCCCAAGACCUAUCAACCCAGGACCCACCCCCUCAGCCCCAGGUCCCACCACCCCAGCCCCAGGACCCACCACCCCAGCCCCAGCACCCACCCCCUCUGUCCCAGGUCCCACCACCCCAGCCUACUCCAACAUAGCAGCCUCAACCUCCACCUGUACAUCCCCCAUGAAAAUUCAAGUCAACCUUUUUAUUACUGGAGAAAUCGUUCCUGUUCCUUAUCCAACUGAGGUGUCUCUAUGCACUGUGCUGUGUACUUAACUCUUUCUGUUGUUAAUACCUAGUUCAAGAUCAGGUCUCCAUACCCUCCUCCAUAACCUCAAUCAAUAGUAACCCAACCAACCCCAGACUGGUUGCUGAGGGUAGAAAGCAAUCAUGUGCUACAUUUCAGUGUGGAUCAGGUCAAUUCUGGUAGUGGACUAGCGGUCUAUUAUGAAUUGGGCUUGAACAGUGGCUGGCCGCUGAAUGUAGUGUGGAAAACGGUUGACUAGAGCACAAAUCCUCUGUAGCAACAUUCCUUACAUCCAGUCCCACUGGAAACAUUAAAGGUGACAUUUAUUUCUGAUGGCGCAGAAAGAAAAAGCCCUGUUGUUAAAACAGACUAUCACUCCCCAUGCAGUACUUAGCAUUGCAUUUUUUGCCAAAUGUGUGUGGAAUGCAAAUUGUUAUGGCAUCGCGUGCGUCAUGUAUCCGUACCGUUUCAUUCUGAACCUGCAAAUGAUCUCUGUGUAUUCAAGGAUGUCGAAUAAUGGGAGAUGUAAGUAGCAAAUGCUGCUCUAACAAUACAGCGCAGUACAUUUAGACACUAGCAAACUAACCUGGCAAUGCAAAACUAUUUGUUUUUUCUUGAACGUUUUCUUCAAUGUUCACAAUAUAACCGUUUUUAACAUGUCAUUUUUGAUGUAAUGUCAUCAUCUAUAACUGUUUUACUUACUGACAUGUUGACCAGAUGGACAGGUUAGCUGAGGUGUCUGCAUCAGUCUCCCUGUGGAGCUCUGAAGAGUAACUGUUUUUUAAUGUGCAAAAAUCCACUUGAUUGUGUCUCUUUGAAUGUUCUGCAUUAUUGAACUAGCUUAAUGGGCUUCCUGUUUUUAAGUGCUUUGGUUUGGAACUCUCUGAGUGGCAGAAUUCCCUCGACGACAUCCCCCCGGCCAACCCUGCUGCCUUUAGAUACAUUUCCUCUCUCUCUGUAUCUGUCUCUGUCUCUCGUGCCUUUCUUUUUUCUAGCGUAUGGAUUAUGCUCCUUUAGAAUCUGAACUGAUAUACUUUGUUUCACCAUUGUAGAAUGAAUAUCAGUUUGGAUUCCAGGCUAAGAGGAUGCUAGUCGCAAGGAACAACAGGCUUUCUAAAACUAAAUGACUUCCUUAUUUACGCCCUCCUACUGUUUUGUCAGUCAAUUCUAUUUUCAUACUUCUCUCUCUUUGAUUCUCUGUCCCUUUCUCUUCUCUCUCGCUCGCUUUCUUCAUCUCUCCCCUCUCAGUUCACUGCCCUUCUACGGUUGACAUUCUGAGGUACGAAUCAGGAAGCUAUAAUUGUAUGAACGCAUCAUCUGAUCUGUCACCUGGUACUAGAAAGAUCGGUGAUGAUGAGUGUCGGGGCCGGCCGUCGCACGGUGCUGUGAAGCCUGACAUUUCUAACCGCACCACGCCUGGUUGGUUAGUUGGUGUUAACGGCUAAUGUGCUUGGGCAGUGUGGGGGUGGGUGUGGAGCAGGACAGAGACUCAGCACUGGACCCAUGGUUUCUAUUUGUCCUGAGCUGAGUGCUAAAGUAGCUAGUGUGUUGGGAAGGGACCAGGCAGCCUGCUACGGCUUAACAAUGAUAGAAGAGUGUGUUACAGGACAGGCUCCUUCCCAGUUGGUGGGUCUGACCCUUGCUGAUUCGGUUGAUUCAAAACCACCCUAUUUCAAACACACCGAAGAUUCCCACAUAGUAACCAGACAAUACGUUUAUUUUUCACCAUUUAAAAGUAAUACAGGAAAGAAUAAGUCCUCAAUGUCAGAAAGUCUCAAAGCUCACCCACACUACACAAACCCCAGUGGCUAUAUCAUUACUGUGGCGAUCAUCACAACAGAACUCAUCUGAAAGGAAUAGACUUAAGUCACUCAAAACAGGCUAUUUCUUGGCACUAACAUAAGUUGACGUAAACUAACCAAUGAAACUUUGUACAAAAGUAUUUGUGUUGUGUAUUCAAAUGUUUAAAAAAAACAGGUAUCGGGAUGAAAUUCACAUCAAUGGAAAACUUAAUUUGAGAGAAGAACAGAAGAGUUGACGAAAACAGAGACAGGUUCAAUCAUGAGUGUACCCCUGAAUCCCCAAACCAACCCCUAGCCCCCUCCCCCUAGAUGCUUUUGCAGAUCUGAGAGGAUUGGAUAGGUGUAAGCAAUAUAGUGGAACCUUCAUCUUGCCCUCUGAUAGGCCAGGUGGAAUUGUUGCUAAGUCAAUGGUGUGAGCCGUCUCAGUCCCAUUUGCUCCAGUAAAAAGCAUACGCUACUUGUAUUUAUUUGGACAGUGAAGAUAAAAUGUGUACAUUUCGCUCUAUACUCCAGCAUUUUGGAAUUGAGAUCAAAUGUUUCAUAUGAGGUGACUACGGAAUGUCAUUUUCGUAGGGCAUUUUCGUACGUAUCUGUUUUACAGUUUAGAAAUGAAAGCACUUUUGUGUAUGUA